AUGACCGAAACUUUCGAUAUACAGGGCAUAUCGCAGCAUCGCAAGUUAGGGAUAGGUGCCCGCCGCCCGGAGACUGCCAAGUCAUGCUCGGGCAGAUAUCGGCAGCGCGAACGACAUGCUACAGUAUGGCGGAGUGCAGGAGUUCACAUGUUUGCAGUCGUGGCAGGCUACGGUUCCAUGCGAUGCAUUGACAGCAGCAAAUGUCCACAACACCGUAAAGCCAGUAAGCAGAUGGAUAUGGCUCACGAUCUCGUUAGACGGGGGCUGGAAAGAGACCCUACAAGCUGCGAGUGUUGGUUCCAACUCCUUCCAGGCUACGUCGUGGGCGGCGAGUGCCGGGCCCCGAGGCAGUGGGCAGGCCGCAGCAAAUACGGGUUGCAGCGUCUUUUGGCCAGCUUCUCCAGGGCUGCUGAGGACGAAUACGAGCAGGAAUUGAGGGUUUUCCAAUCGAGCGGCGUUGUGCUCGAUACGGCACCCGAUGGCCUUGGCUACUCCAUCACAGAAGUAUUGGCGUCCCGCUCCGCAGGUAACGGUACUUUAGAGGAGAAGGACGAUCCCUGCUUCAAGGGCAAAUGGCCCCUGUUGCCUCGCAAACAGGCACGUUCAAGUUUUCCAACAAGUACGAUCCCUACAGGCCACGCAUACUGUGGGAUGAGAGUCAAGGACCGGCCGGCAGGGCAGAACGUUGCGCAACCGUCGAACCGAACGGCAAGCCGCAACGUCCAGUCUCCUCAGUCUCUCGCCUGGGAUCGAAGCUCUCGCGGGUGGCCAAAAGACACCGCAGCCGCACCCGUAGCAACGCCGCUGACAGAGAAGUUCCCCUCAAGUUCUCAACGGCUAAGGCCACUUUGGUCUUGGCUCAUCAUCUUUGUUCGCUUUGUCUACCAGGACCUCGAAGACGUGAAAGAAUAA